AUGGAUGGCGGCCAUUUUGAAGCUCGGGGUUUCCGGGGUAAAGGUGAUGACGUUAGUCGUGGAGGAGGGGAAAGGCGACGUGUAGGUAGGUGGGUACGCGCCUUCCCGCGCUUGAUCUCUCGCGCCACUCCCUCUGCUGUCAUCUGGCCCGCAAAAUUCUUCCCGCCGCCUUCAUCGUCGCCAUUUUGCGUGCAGUGGUUUUCGCCCUCAGUGCUGCCCGCCAUUUUAGGUGGUUGUGCCUGUGGGAUAUUGGAGAAGGGGCAGAUUUUUAAAAGCAUCACCAAUGAAGACUCAAUCCAGGGACAAGGAAGUCGGAGACUGAUAAGUUUUUCAUUGUCAGAUUUCCAGGCUUUUGGUCUGAAGAAAGGAAUGUUCUUUAAUCCAGAUCCUUAUCUGAAGAUUUCCAUCCAGCCUGGAAAACAUAGCAUCUUCCCAGCACUUCCUCAUCAUGGACAGGAGAAAAGAUCCAAGAUCAUAUGUAAUACCGUCAACCCAAUCUGGCAAGGAGAGCAGUUCAGCUUUGUCUCCCUGCCCACGGACGUCCUGGAAAUAGAAGUUAAAGACAAAUUUGCAAAGAGCCGACCAAUCAUCAAACGUUUUCUGGGAAAACUCUCUAUGCCGGUUCAACGCCUUUUGGAAAGACAUGCCAUAGGGGACAGAGUUGUAAGCUACACUCUGGGUCGCAGGCUUCCUACAGAUCAUGUCAGUGGCCAGCUGCAGUUCCGAUUUGAAAUAACUUCUUCCAUCCACCCAGAUGAUGAAGAGGUCUCCAUUAGUGCAGAUCCUGAGCCAGCUGACCUCCAGGAAAGCCCUGUGAACAACCCCACAGAGGAAAGCCUCGGUGAGCCUCCAUGCAUCAACACAGUGACCUCAGAAAGUGCAGCUCCAGAACAGCUAAAUGGAUACAGUGUGAACAGUGUCGAUAGCCCAGGGGCUGUCAAACCACCUGGGGAAGUCAACCAGAACAGCUUAAAUGAAGAGCUAGCAGGAGAUGGGGAGGUUGAUGCGGUGCCAGUUCCUGAGCCCUUGGAAUCCAUCCCAGGAGAAGUGCUGCCUUCCUUGAGUGCUACGGACCUCACAGAGCAGUCGGCUCUGAUGGCUUGCAUGUCCCCUCCUGAGACUGAAGUUAGGGAAAAUAACAAAGUCAAUUCUGGUAUGCAGGGAGAUGGUGGAGUGACCAGCAUAGAAACAUUAGAUAUUGAUGAGGUGAGUGCAGAUGUGCAUGCUGGCAAGGACUUAGAGAAGAGUCAGGAAGAAGAUGAAGGGGCUUCAGCCCAGGAGGAGGAGGACAACAAGCUACAACUGAGGACCACGGCAAAGAGGAAAAACAGGCCGUGCUCCCUGCCUGUGUCUGAACUCGAGACAGUCAUAGCUUCAGCCUGCGGUGAGCCAGAGACCCCUCGCACACACUACAUACGGAUCCACAACCUGCUCCACAGCCUGCCCUCGGCACAGAUGAGCAGUGAUGGGGAAGAAGAGCAAGAUGGUGGCCAUGGCGGGGAGAACGAUGAGGAGUCUACAGUCAAGGAGGUGUUGGAUAAGGAAGUGGUCAGUGAGAGUGAGACAGUGGCAGCAGAACCUCCUCUGGAAAAUGAGGCUGAAGAGAACUUCAGCCAGCGCACAGUGCUUCCUGAGACCUUGGAUGAGCAACUCUCCGACUUAAAUGAUGUGCUGUUGGAUGGGGAGCCCCCCAGGACAGGAAGCGAGAGCGAGUCCAGCUCCAGGCCCAAUGGUGACAACGAGUGCGAGGCGUGCGACACCUCUUGCUACAGCCCCUCUUGCUACAGCACUUCCUGCUACAGCACCUCCUGCUACAGCACUUCCUGCUACAGCACCUCGUGCUACGACAGUAACAAUCGCUUCUCCAGCCAUACGCGCUUCUCCUCCGUCGACAGCGCAAAGAUAUCUGAGAGCACGGUCUUUUCCUCGCAGGAUGAUGAUGAGGAGGAGAACAGUGCUUUUGAGUCAGUGCCAGAUUCAAUGCAGAGCCCUGAGCUGGACAGGGAGCAAGUGGAUGGCUCCUCCCAGUGGCCAGAUGAACUAGUAGCUCAUGGUGGGAAUCCACAAAGAGCCGCAGAGGGUCUAGACACCCCAAUAGCAGGUCCAAGCAGCAGAAGAGAAGGUGAUUGUCCUUUACUCCAUAAUUCUCAGCCAGUCAGCCAGCUUCCUUCUCUGAGGCCUGACCAUCAUCACUACCCAACUAUCGAUGAGCCUCUUCCACCAACUACAACAUCCUUGGGAAACUUUACCUGGUGGAAUUGGGAAGCUCGGAUAGACAGCCACGGGAGGGUGUUCUACGUCGAUCACGUCAACCGAACCACCACGUGGCAGCGCCCCACGGCCGCGGCGACGCCGGACGGGAUCCACAGGUCUGGCUCCAUCCAGCAAAUGGAGCAGCUGAACCGGCGAUACCAAAACAUCCAGCGAACAAUCGCAACAGAGCGGACUGACGAUGAUGCUGUGGUAAACAACAGGGUGGAGAGAGUUCCCACGGGAGGAGGAAGUGACUCUGAGGCAGAGCCUUCUCAGCCAAGCUCAGAGAUUAGGAGGGAAGGUUCCCUUUCUCCUGUGAAUUCUCAAAAAAUCACCUUGCUGCUGCAGUCUCCAGCUGUGAAGUUCAUCACCAAUCCCGAGUUCUUCACUGUGCUGCAUGCAAACUAUAGUGCCUAUCGGGUCUUCACUAACAGUACCUGCUUGAAGCAUAUGAUCCUGAAGAUUCGUAGAGAUGCUCGUAAUUUUGAGCGGUAUCAGCACAACAGAGACCUGGUAAAUUUUAUCAACAUGUUUGCUGAUACCCGACUGGAGCUUCCUCGUGGCUGGGAGAUAAAAACUGACCAGCAGGGCAAGUCUUUCUUCGUUGACCACAACAGCCGUGCUACCACCUUCAUAGAUCCCAGGAUUCCGCUGCAGAACGGUCGUCUCCCCAAUCACCUGACUCACAGGCAACACCUUCAGCGACUUCGUAGCUACAGCGCUGGAGAGGCCUCUGAAGUCUCUCGAAACAGAGGAGUCACCCUGUUGGCCAGACCAGGCAAUAGUCUCGUAACAGCUAUUCGAAACCAGCACCAUCACGAGGCGCUACCUCUGGCUUACAAUGACAAGAUUGUUGCAUUUUUACGCCAACCCAACAUUUUCGAGAUGCUGCAGGAGCGUCAGCCCAGCUUGGCCAGAAACCAUGCACUCAGGGAGAAGAUCCAUUACAUUCGGACAGAGGGUACACAUGGGCUUGAAAAAUUGUCCUGUGAUGCAGAUUUAGUAAUUCUGCUGAGCCUUUUUGAAGAGGAUAUCAUGUCCUACAUACCACUGCAGGCUGCCUUCCAUCCUGGUUACAGUUUCUCUCCUCGCUGCUCACCCUGUUCAUCACCCCAAAAUUCCCCAGGGCUGCAGAGAGCAAGUGCAAGAGCACCUUCUCCAUACAGGAGGGACUUUGAAGCCAAGCUGCGCAAUUUCUAUCGAAAACUUGAAGCCAAAGGGUAUGGGCAAGGUCCAGGUAAAAUUAAGUUAAUUAUACGGCGUGACCACUUGCUGGAAGGCACCUUUAACCAGGUAAUGGCAUACUCACGCAAGGAGCUCCAGCGGAACAAACUCUACGUCACGUUUGUUGGCGAGGAAGGGUUGGAUUACAGUGGCCCCUCCCGAGAAUUCUUCUUCCUUCUGUCUCAGGAGCUCUUCAAUCCUUAUUAUGGGCUGUUUGAGUAUUCAGCCAAUGACACUUACACUGUACAGAUCAGCCCCAUGUCUGCCUUUGUUGAAAAUCACCUGGAAUGGUUCAGGUUCAGCGGUCGUAUUCUUGGCCUUGCUCUCAUCCAUCAGUACCUUCUGGAUGCUUUCUUCACAAGGCCGUUCUACAAAGCCCUACUAAGGCUGCCAUGUGAUUUAAGUGACUUAGAGUACCUGGAUGAAGAGUUCCAUCAGAGCUUGCAGUGGAUGAAGGAUAACAACAUCACAGACAUCCUGGAUCUAACCUUCACAGUGAACGAGGAGGUGUUUGGACAGGUGACAGAGAGAGAGUUGAAAUCUGGAGGGGCAAAUACAGCAGUGACAGAAAAGAACAAAAAAGAGUACAUCGAGAGAAUGGUCAAGUGGCGAGUGGAACGAGGAGUGGUUCAGCAGACAGAGGCCCUGGUCCGUGGCUUCUACGAAGUUGUAGACUCCAGGCUCGUCUCUGUUUUUGAUGCCAGAGAACUGGAGCUGGUUAUAGCUGGCACUGCAGAAAUAGAUCUCAAUGACUGGAGGAACAACACGGAAUAUCGUGGAGGUUACCACGAUGGACACAUAGUGAUCCGGUGGUUCUGGGCAGCGGUGGAGAGGUUUAACAACGAGCAGAGGCUCCGGCUGUUACAGUUCGUCACGGGAACGUCCAGCGUGCCAUACGAGGGCUUUGCCGCUCUCCGGGGGAGCAACGGCCUACGGCGCUUCUGCAUAGAGAAAUGGGGGAAAAUCACCUCCCUCCCAAGGGCACACACAUGUUUCAACCGUUUGGAUCUUCCACCUUACCCCUCAUAUUCUAUGCUGUAUGAAAAGCUGCUGACAGCUGUUGAAGAAACUAGCACCUUUGGACUUGAAUGAGGGGGUUCAGGCACUUCUGGUGUUUUUAUGGCUGAUGAUGUCACUUUUCCUGUCAACCAUCAUUUGAUCUUGGUUUCCCAUGUUUUUAUUUUUGAAAACAAAACAAAAACGACAACAAGAACAAAAAAAAUCAAGAUUACAAAAGCUGUGCAUGAAGAACUGCCGCCCUCAGCGAUCUAACCUUCAUGCUUUCAUCCUCUGUUUCCAAUGGACUGCUAGUCUGUAUGCAAUAGAAAAACAACUGUCUCAAGGUUUCUGUAUAUCUCUACAUACCUCCAUUAAUAACAAUGAAAAUACAAAUGCAAGUUACACUACACUUGACCAAAUGUUAAUAAAUGUUUACUUCCACCUGCGUUGAUUAAAAAAUAAAAAAAAAACCCUCAUCAAGCAUUCCAAGCUUUUAUAUACCCACAUCUUCUAAAAUCAAUUCACAGCCCAUCUUCUUAACUGUUGAAUCCAGUACUAGGAGCUGGUCAAAUAUAUCUUCAUCCAUCCUUGUUUUCCCUGUGUGUAUUGUCCAUUUGAGAGACAUCUGUGAGCAAAACUGAAAUUUUUAUAUACGAACUCGUGAUCAGUUGCAUCAGCUGGAACUGGCACAGAUACAUGGUGCAGAUAUGACCUUCAAAAAUUCAAAAAAAAAAAAAAACCCCAACCUGUAAUGCAAUGCAAAGCAUAACAGCGAUUGUUAUGAUUGUUGCUUGCCAGUACUGGAGAGAACUUGCACUUCAGAGAUAUUGGGAGGGGCAUCUCCAUUGUAAUGUUUACCACACAAGAAGCACAAGGUUGUGCACACUCAAGAAGGAUGUUUUAUUAUGUAGCAUAAAGGACAAGGCUCCCUUACCUUAGUAUUGUAUAUGACAAGGAAAAGGGGAAGUAAGAAGAAUGUUCUGCUCUUACGAAUACUCUUGGGUUCUGUUUACCAGAUCUUUGUUUUCUGAUGUUGAAAAUGCUCCUUUCCAAAUGAGAAAUUUAGACAAUCCCAUCCCCUGUGUCAGAAGCCAUUUAUUUUCUGUCAGGCUGGGCUAAUCUGUGGCUGGUUGGGGGUGGUUUUCGGUUCUGUCCUUUUUGUUUUCUUGUUCAGUGGAAUCACCCAUAUCCUCAAGAGCAGUUGGUUGUAGACAAAAUGUUUUCAUCUAAGGUCUGUCAGAUGAGAAGCUGCAUUGAUUGAGGGUGUUUGUCAGGGAUGAAGAGGACCGUAACUCUCUGUGGGUUAAGACUUUGUUGCACUUCCUCUUGGAGGAAGCCCAAAGGCCCUCCAGUCAUGCUAGAUACCACUAAACUAAAGAUCUAGCUCUUGUUACUACAGACAUAACCCUCUUCAGUUUGGUGCAUUUUGCAUUCCAGCUCUGAAUCCAGGCAACAAAAUCAAAACAGCAGUAAGAUUGAUUGUCUUUGGAUGAAUUCUGCUGAGGCUCUUACAGUCCACCUCACUGCUCUGAUUAUGUUCUGUUUAGUAAUCUUUGCUGCCCUUGUUUUCCAAGACUAAUCUCAGGUUGAAAGUGUUUGUCUUGACUGGGAAAAGGAAGUACGAGCAUCUUCUGACACUAAAUAUGUUAAAGGAUGCGUGAAAUACGAACAGAGAGCCUUGUGAAGGUAAGUGAGAAGGUAACAUCACAGCGUCUAGCGGCUCACAUGAAAUACCACACCCCCUUGGGGGCUUGUUACUGGUAGUUUUGUGCUAGCUAUGCUUCAGAACGUUAUAAAAUGAGGAGAUUAGUGUAAGGUCUAACACAUCUGAGUUUUCUCUCCAGAGGAAAAAACUGGACGCUACUUUCUCGCAUGGUUUUAUGGUGGCUGUACAGAAUCUCAUCUCACUUGAAAAACUGCAUUCUGAGAGUUUUACACCAUUCUCCUGCUUUUAUUCUUAGAACAGUAGGUAUUUGAGAGGUGAUGCACCCAAAAACAUGUUUCUAAGCAGAAAGAGUAGCUUUUGUUAAUGAUACAGUAAAAAACUGGAAUAUUUAAAUUGCCCCAUUCAUUCAAUUUCUGUGACAUUUCAGCCACUUUUAUACUAAUUUCAUGUAUGUUUUUACUGAGAAUCUAUUUUAUAGUAUGUUGUUACUAUUCUUAUUGAGUAAUCAUUUUACGGUUGCAGAGGGAGGCUGCAGCUACAGGCCAGCUUCAUUGUACCAAACACCAAAAAUGAUGUUUAGUAUUUCCAUAAGGGAGCUCUCAGGCAUCUGUUCCACAUGACCAGCCCCACUGCUCAGGAGAGAUGGAAAACUUAGCAUUUUUCUGAGAGCAUCUGUCACGUCCACACAAAUUCCACCAGAACGAGUGACACCAGGAAAGGCUGAACGUGAAACCUUCCAAUUUCUGCCUCUUCACCUCCGGGCCCCAAAGUCCAGUGAUUCCUGUAUGGUUCUUAAUUUAUUCCUGGUGAUGUGUUAUAGUUACCUGCACUAUGUCAAAUGUUGGGAUGUCUUCCAACAUUAGAAGAAAAGAAAGAGAAGCAUCCAGCUGGUUGGUCCAUGUUUGGCCAGAGAAAAUCAAGAGCUGUCUCAUUAAAAUAGUAAAAAAGUGUAAAAAAAAAAAAAAAAAAUCCAAUCUUUACAAUGCUGUAUAGUUGAAUUUUUUUAAGUAUUUUAAAACUAUAUUUUAUUAAGAAAAAGUGAAACUAUUUUUUGUAGCGUAAUAAAAGACGUUUGUAUUUCAGAGACAGCAUCAAACCCCACUGACUGAAAUAUGGAAAGCUUUCUCCUAAAAUUCUUCUUCACGACAUGUUCUGGCACUUGCUAGAUUGUGUAAAGUAGAUUAUGUUUGGCAGAUGCCAUCUCAAGCACUUUGUGUAUUCCUGCUCUGGGAAACAUACAGCACAGCCAGCUACUUCCCAUCAAAAUCCUUGAUCCAAACUGUCUUUCAGACCCACAGCCUAAUAUUUUUAAAAGGUUGCUUUCUAAGUUGACAAGGUCAUGCAGACUUCCUUGCAAGUUUUUUGGAUCUAAAGCUAGGAAUAGAGACAAUUGGCUGUUUUCAUAAGACAAAGAGAAAGAACAUUGCCAUACUAGGGUGUUCUGGUAUUCUGCCAUUCCAGUCCUUUCCCUCUCUCUUCCCCAAUCCCCUACCACAAUAGGUUUUCAAACUCUAGGAUGUCCAGAUCGAUGCUUCUCCUUUCAUUGUGUCAUACCAUGGGCAGAAUCCAGUCCCAGCCUGAAGUAAAGGGCAAGCCACGCAUCUAAGUGGCAUCGUGGUGUUGGAGCGAGGCAGUGAAUGGUGCUAACAGGAGAGAGGGUGGAACCCACCUCCCUUGGCCUGUUAUUUAACCUGCCCAUUAAGCAAUUAAUUGACUUUGUUGUUGUUAUGCAUAUGCGAGACAUAUACCCUUCCCUGUUCAUAUUUUGAUUCAAAUGCUGUUACUCACUCCCCAAGUCUGCAUUUGCAUUUGUCACACACCGACUGUUGACUACAGAAAUUCUGGUUUCGUUGUUUCCCCACAGGAAAGACUAGAAGAUACUCCAUAGGGCAGAUUUACAGUGGAAUAAUCUUUUCAGCUCUUUAAACCUCAGUUCCCUUUAAACAUGGUGGUGACUAGAUAAUGGUGGUGGCUAGAUUAAGGUAUGGCAUCAACAUCAAUAGAUUUUUAAAAUGCAAAUGAAAAAUGAAAGAGGCAAUCUGACAGCUUUUGUGAAUUCUGGUUUUUGAUCAGAGCAGUGAAUAUUGACAACCGGUAUGUUUUCAGAGGGCCUGUAUGAUUCUCAAAGUGGUUUUCAUGACAGUAUUAAUGGUAGAGGGAGGGAGGGGGAUAUUUCUUUUUUAUGAAAUCCUGUUGCCCUACUAGCAUUGAUCUGAAGAGAAUGAAAACAGGUAUUUUAAAUCACCAGUAGGUCUUCCACCUUGAGGUGGUCUCACUGACUGUUCAACCACAUAAGCUAUGCAGGAUUUGAUCCAGUACAAACAGCUGUACCUUACUGUUAACAGCGUUACCAAAUGCUGUCACUUCAGUCUGCAGUGCGUUACAUGAGCUUUCGGCUUCAGUCGUGUGGCUGUGCAUGUUCAAAACUUGACUUUUAUGUUCCAGGGAGACCCGUGGCUAUCACAAGGAAAGAAGUGAGUGGUCCAAACUACACCUAAUGGAGAAAUCAUGAGUUUUGUGCAGGUCUGACACAGGGGACUUUUUUUCACCUGGUUUGCUCAAGUGCCCGUGAACUUUUACGAUGGACUGUAGCUGAGGUUUAAGUUCAUAGUCUAGUCUGAGAGACAGCCUGUGGGGAGGGGGGUGUUUGCUGGGUUUGUGUUUUGUUGUUCCAGUUUCACUGUAACAAGCAGUUGACAUACCUCUAGUUGGAAACAACAGGAUACUAAAUUUGAACAUGAAAAACGAAUCUGAAAUAAGCUAAAAUAUAAACGCACAGGAGACGAGCUAAACCUGUCCUUCACUGUUAAUCCUGUGACAGCCUGUGGAAUUUCAGAAGGACAGAUUUGACUGGAGAUUUGUUUAAUUUCUGUUGAAAUAAUAUCUGCCCUGUCUCCAUAGUAAUAUUAAUAGGGCUUCCCAGUCAAGAUUAAACACUUUCAGUCAAAUGCAGACCAACAGAUCUUUCUACAACAAAUGCGGUGCUUUUUUAUUAUUCUUGCUGUACCUCAGUGUUCAUUAUUAAAAGAUAAAAUUACUGCAAUGUACUAAAUCUGGGAUAGGUUUUCCAGUUAUCACGAGGUCCAAAAGAUUGGAUUGUUAUUUUCUCUCUAGUGAGUCAUGUAGGUCCUUUGUUCUAGUAGAAAAACAGAUGCCUGUAGAUAGUAGUUACUAGGUAUAGUAAAUAUUGUACCAUUAGCCAAAUUCCCUGCAGCUUCCAAUUUAUCCAACAGAAAUGUCUGUUAUGGUUUUUGUUAAAGACUACAUAAAGUCAAUGGCAGGAAAGGUCCUCAUUAUUGGACUGAUUUUGCUUAUAUUGACAGAAAAAUGUCACAUGAUACUCAGGCUGUGCUUUCUAUUCGACCGUAUCACUAUAGAGGAAUGUCAAUAAAAUCACUUUGUUAUGGCA